AAACAAAAAAAAGACAAUUUAGAGAGUCCAAUUUGCGUCGUCCCCUUUCUUUGAUACUGGUUUGAAACUGUAAAUCCAAAGAGCAUUGGAUCGGAGUCAAUGCUAAACCCUUUCUACUUCAAUUCUAGUUAGGGUUUUCGAUUUCACACAAUCCAAUGCUCAAUUGAUCAUUACCCAACUCCACCAAAUCAAUUUUCAAUCCUUCAAUUUGGCGUAACCAAAUCCCUAAUUUGUUCUUAUGAAACCCUUUUCAUCAACAAAUCUUCUUCUUUUUCUUCUUCUACUCUGCACUUUUUCAUCCUCCGUUUUCGCAGAGGAGGAUGCCAAGAAGAAUAAUACAUUCCGAGAACGUGAAGCCACCGAUGAUGCACUCGGAUACCCAGAAAUAGAUGAAGAUGCUUUGGUGAAUUCGAAAUGUCCAAUGAAUUUGGAGUUAAGAUGGCAAACGGAAGUUAGUUCUAGUGUUUAUGCAAAUCCCUUGAUUGCUGAUAUUAACAGUGAUGGGAAGCUUGACAUAGUGGUUCCCUCUUUCGUUCACUACCUUGAAGUUCUAGAGGGCACCGAUGGAGACAAAAUGCCAGGCUGGCCUGCUUUCCACCAAUCGACUGUGCAUUCUAGUCCACUUCUAUAUGACAUAGACAAAGAUGGCGUGAGAGAAAUAGCUUUGGCAACCUACAAUGGUGAAGUGCUAUUUUUCAGGGUUUCCGGCUAUAUCAUGUCAGACAAGCUUGAGGUCCCACGUAGGAAAGUGCUUAAAAAUUGGCAUGUGGGUUUGAAUAAGGAUCCAGUGGACCGUACCCAUCCUGAUGUUCAUGAUGACCAACUUGUCCAAGAAGCUACUAUCGCGAAUUCUAUGUCCCAAAUGAAUGGAAGCCGACACGAAGUUAAUUCCUCAGCUUCCACAUCAACAGAAAGUCACCCUGACACAAAAAGUGUGUCUAAUCCAGAGCCUGAAAAGAAAAUAAAUGGAAGCCAAUCAGAGGAGAGUAUUAACACAUCAACAGAAAGUCACCCUGAUACAAAAAAUGUGUCUAAUCCAGAGCCUGAAAAGAAAGUAAAUGAAAGCCAAUCAGAGGAGGGUAUUAAGAUGCCAACUAAUUCAUCUGUCAGUGCUGGUUCUGUGGAGACUGUUAAUGCAGACAACAAGACUAGCACUGGGAGGCGACUGCUGGAAGAUAACAACUUAAAAGGAGCUGAACAAGUUGGUUCUGAAUCCAAAGGUAAGGAAGAAGUUCAUGCUGCAACUGUGGAAAAUGAGGAAGGACUGGAAGCAGAUGCUGAUUCAUCUUUUGAGUUAUUCCGCAAUAGUGAUGACCUGGCUGAUGAGUACAACUAUGAUUAUGAUGAUUAUGUUGAUGAAUCAUUGUGGGGUGAUGAAGAAUGGAUUGAAGGGAAGCAUGAGAAAUUAGAGGAUUACGUGAAUGUUGACUCACACAUCUUGUCCACUCCUGUCAUUGCAGAUAUUGACAAUGAUGGCGUAAUGGAAAUGGUUGUUGCUGUUUCUUAUUUUUUUGACCAAGAGUAUUAUGACAACCAGGAGCAUAUGAAAGAAUUGGGCGAUAUUGACAUUGGGAAAUAUGUUGCUGGUGGUAUUGUUGUUUUUAAUCUGGACACAAAACAAGUCAAGUGGACUGCAGAACUUGAUAUGAGUACAGAUACAGCAAACUUCCGAGCGUACGUAUAUUCUUCUCCAACUGUUGUAGACUUGGAUGGUGAUGGGUAUCUGGACAUUCUUGUUGGAACUUCUUAUGGCCUAUUCUAUGUGUUAGAUCAUCAUGGUAAAGUUAGAGAGAAGUUCCCUCUUGAAAUGGCCGAGAUUCAAGCAGGUGUUGUUGCAGCUGAUAUUAAUGAUGAUGGAAAAAUUGAGCUAGUUACUGCUGAUACCCAUGGAAAUGUUGUUGCAUGGACCCCCAAAGGAGAUAUGAUUUGGGAAAAGCAUCUGAAGAGUCUUAUUCCACAUGCUCCAACUAUUGGUGAUAUUGACGGGGAUGGCCGUACGGAGCUUGUUGUACCAACACUAUCUGGGAAGAUUCAUGUUCUUGAUGGAAGGGAUGGAUCACCUAUUGGACGGUACCCAUUUAUAACUCAUGGAAGAAUAAUGAAUCAAAUUCUUCUAGUUGAUUUAAGUAAACAGAAGGAGAAGAAGAAGGGAUUGACCCUUGUUACCUCUUCGUUUGAUGGUUAUUUGUACCUCAUUGAUGGACCUACAGGCUGUGCUGAUGUUGUUGACAUUGGUGAAACUUCAUAUAGCAUGGUCUUGGCAGACAAUGUAGACGGUGGGGAUGAUCUUGAUCUGAUUGUCUCGACAAUGAAUGGCAACGUCUUCUGCUUCUCGACUCCCUCACCUCACCAUCCCCUCAAGGCAUGGAGAUUGCCUAACCAAGGAAGAAAUAAUGUUGCAAAUCGGUACGGUCGUGAAGGCAUCUAUGUCACUCAUCCUUCAAGGGCUUUCCGUGAUGAGGAAGGAAAGAGUUUUUUUGUGGAAAUUGAGAUUGUUGAUAAUUAUAGAUACCCAUCUGGUCAUCAAGGACCAUACCAUGUCACUACUUCCUUGCUUGUCCCUGGUAAUUACCAAGGAGAGAGAACAAUAAAGCAGAACCAGACCUAUUAUCAGCCUGGUAAACAUCGAAUUAAGCUGCCAACUGUGGGAGUAAGGACUACAGGAACAGUUUUGGUCGAGAUGGUUGACAAAAAUGGACUCUAUUUCUCUGAUGAAUUCUCUCUUACAUUCCAUAUGCACUACUAUAAAUUGUUGAAGUGGCUUCUUGUUCUUCCAAUGCUUGGGAUGUUUGGUGUGCUGGUCAUCCUUCGCCCACAAGGCCCAGUGCCAUUGCCAUCAUUUUCAAGGAACAACGAUUAGCGACGAUUAUUUUGUUUCAUGCUCCAGGCACCUUUGAGCUCAGGAAAUGUGAAUACUUCUUUACAUCAAGUUGAGUUAUGCCUGGGUGCCGCAGUGAGCUUUGAUGACGUAGUCAAAGUGGAUAUUUUAUUAGAAGCAUUUGUUCAAGCUUUGGUUCAGGGAUAGUUGAGGGUUGCAACACAGUGAAUGAGAUCCGGAUAUUGGAAUUUUGCCCUUUAUGUGUAGUGCAAUCAGAUACUGAAAUGUAGAACUGAACUAUGUGUUUUUGGCAUCUUUAGAACAGAAUAGAUAUUUAUAAUAAUAUAUAGCUUUCUCUGAUUUAUUUCUA